UUGGAGCCCUGCAGGGGCUGCAGCUCUUGGAGGCUCUUGGACACGCGCGAGUUUUAUCGUGAGAUGCCGCUUUGCAGGAGACCAAGAUCACCCGGGACCUUCUGGAGGAGCCGUUGGCUAUUGUGGAGGGCUAUAGCUCCUACUUCAGCUUCAGCCGCACACGCAGUGGCUACUCAGGUGUUGCAACAUUCUGUAAAACCGGUGCUACCCCAGAGGCGGCUGAGGAGGGCCUGUCCGGGCUGUUCGCCAAGCAUGGCGGGACGGUUGGUUGCUAUGGGGACAUGGACGACUUCACACCUGAGGAGCUGCAGGCGCUGGACAGUGAGGGCCGAGCUGUGGUCACCCGGCACCGUGUUUGCACCUCAGAAGGGGAGGAGACCACCCUAGCAAUCAUCAAUGUGUACUGUCCCCGUGCUGACCCUGCCAAGCCAGAACGUGGAGAUUUCAAGCUGCGAUUCUACCGGCUCUUGCAAGCCCGGGCAGAGGCUCUCCUGAGAGCCGGAAGCCACGUGGUUAUCCUGGGAGACAUCAACACUGCUCACAAACCCAUUGACAGCUGUGACCCCGGGGAUCUGGAGUACUUCUUGGAGAAUCCUGGGCGCCGCUGGUUGGACAGUUUCCUGUGGGAGCCAGGGAAGGAUUCACAGGUUGAGAAACCCUUUGUUGACACAUUUCGCCUCCUAUACCCCAGUCAGGGCGAUGCCUACACUUGCUGGUGCAACCUCACAGGAGCCCGGUUGACCAACUAUGGCACCCGCAUCGAUUACAUCCUGGCCGAUCGCACUCUGGCACUGUCAGAGUUAAAGGACGCCCGACUCAUGCCAGAGGUCCCGGGCUCUGACCACUGCCCCGUCCAAGCACUGCUGAGAGCCAGAUUUCAAGCUGCUCCUGCUUGCCCGCCACUGUGCACCCGUUUUCUGCCUGAAUUUGCUGGCACUCAGCAGAAGCUCAGCCGCUUCCUGGUGAAAGUGGAGCAGACCAGCCUGCCAGACAAGGGCCAAAAACGGAGCGGGACUGAACCAAGCUUGCGGUUGGAUUCUAAGAAGAGACGGACUAAUCUGCCCAAGAACGGACAAGUUAAUUUGCGCCACUUCUUCCAAGCUGGAAGGAAUAGCACUGCUGGGCUAACUGACCUGGACGGGGGCCAAUCAGGAUUGAGUACAACCCAGACGGUAGUAGAGGAGUCUGGGAAAGAGCCUCCUGUGAAUGCUGACAAAAAGACGGGGGAGGGUCUUGGCGUCCCACGAGGGACUUCUGCGAGCCUGAAAAAGGAACCGGUUGUGGCUGAUGAGGAAGCUAAGAACUGUAGGAAUGAUUCUGCUUCCUCCAAGCCCAACCAAUCGGCUGCCCUGUGGAAAUCCCUGCUGCCGGGCCCUGCUCGCCCACCCCAGUGCAAGGUCCACGGGGAGCCCUGUGUUUUGCGGACAGUGAAGAAGCAAGGGCCGAACUCCGGGCGGCGUUUCUAUGUCUGUGCCCGGCCUCUGGGGAAGCCCUCGGAUCCCCGUGCACGCUGCGAUUUCUUUCUCUGGGCCACCUAGGGGUCCAGCAGCCAUGAGAGGAUGGUAUUGCUGAUGGCUUCUGAUGGGCAGAGCUUCACCUCUAACACAUGGGAUUGUCCGCCUCUUUAAUAGAGAGGCUUCUGGGAAGUCACCCUGGAGUUGAAGCUUGGGCCUGAGUAGUCCACAUUCUCCAGCCUGGAAUCGGUGUAACACUCCUUGGGACCUGCAUGUAGAAACGGGCAUCAUGAGAGGUUGGAGGCCCACUUUGAGCCCCACACAAGUUCUGAAGGCAAUGUUGCUAGACCUCUAGGCACCAGGGAUACUAUUUCAUCUUCAGGAAUUUGAGAACUAGUCUCCCAUAUUGGCAUAGAUUUUGAUGUUAAAGAUUUUGGUAAACAAUUUAUGUGUUCCAGCUCGACCAGUUGUAAACAAAGGAACUCAGGGCAGUCACAUGACUUCUCCUGUGCCCAGUGAAGGGGGUGUAAUAUGUGUCUGCCGGCCUCGCCCAUCUUGGAUGUAGAGCUCUUCUUAGAACUCAUUUCUCCGAUUUUCCACCAUUGCCUACCUGAUAGUUCUUUGAAGCUGUCUCUACUAAGAAAUGGCUCAUCAGUACAUGGAACUGUGUAUAAGCAUCUCUUUGUUUUGGAUAAAAUAAACAUGUUGCCGGGAGGGGGGAGGGGGGGUCAUUCUGGAUGGUUCUCCUGUAGGAUGAAUAAAUUAGCAUUCUCUUACAUGCUCCGAAAAGAAAA